UAAUCUUAACUUCCCUUAACUUUUCCCAUUCAUUUUCAAUGGUAGUUCUUAUCACUACGGAUGUAAUAUAUUUUUGGCCACACGUUGAUUCCAUGGCGCUGUAGCGGAGAUGCACCAAAAGCCGGUUUGGCACCCCGCGAUAAAACCCCAAAAAAAUAAAGGAGAAAGGAAGAUUCCAUAGCGCUGUUCCGAGAUUUGUUUUGUUUUUAAAACAUACAUUUUGAAUUGCCUCAGCUGUCUACCAUCCAGACGUCGGGUGACCCCGGGUAACCUCCGUCAUUUCAACUGAAAAAGCGCGAUUUAUCGAAAAGAAAAAUGGUACAAAACAUCAAUAUAUUAUGAAUAUCAUUUGAAUGGUUUGUAAAGAUAACUGUAGGAUCAAUGCAGAAACAUUAUGAUGAGUUUGUAAUCCAAACUGAGUGACAAAUUUAUCAUGUCUAUUGUUUGUUCAGUAGUCAAACACAAAGUAAAAUAAGGUCUUUUGGCAAAAAGUCAGCACAUCACACAAUUCGAUUAGAUUAGAUUAGAUUUGACCAGAUGUGUAUCUUUUCAAUAGUUGUAGAAUUGAAUGUUAGGUCGUCUUUAACAUGAAAUUUAUCUAGUCAUUCUUAAAGAAUCGAUUACCCUAUUUUUAACUUUACAGAACAUUAUGCAUAGCUAUGUAAAUGCUUUAUGUAUUUAUUUAUGUCAGUUGUUCAUAUCUAUGGGUACUACUCAGGCUAUCAGCAUGAAGCAAGCUAUUUUUUUCCCUGGGAGAAUCAAAGUGUCCUUCAGGAGAGGCCCAUCGGGUCAUUUACGUCGGGACCCAUCUGAAGAGGCGAGAAGGAUUAAAGACAAUCCUUCUUUGCAAGACAAGUCGACACCUCAAAGAGAAGAUGUGGUCAGGAACAAUGCCCGUUCCGUUGUAUUACAGAGGGGAGGGGAUGUUUCAGACAAGCAAGAAGUGUUAGGAGAAUACAUUCUUCAGUUUGGGAAGUACAAAGGGAAGUCCUUCCGGUGGCUAUUGGAGAAUGAUAUUGGCUACACUUUGUACUUGUCCAGUAAGGUUGAGGAGGAAGAACGGGCUGGACAGUUCAACCCAGAGGGUCCUUGCAAGGAUAGCCUCCUUUCCUUUCUUGAAUACUCAAGAAGCUUUAAGGAAAUUGAGGAUCUCCGGCGAUACCUUUCAGAGAGGCCAGACCCAGUACCAGUUUUGUCAGAGGAUGACAAUGUUGUUGGAUUUGGGGCACGAGCACAAGACACCUGGAGGAAGAUCUGGAAUACCAGAGCUGAUGGGUAUGCUGCCUUUAUAAUGGGGAAGAGCUGUGUUCCAGGAAGUAAAAUGUACCGCUUGCAGCAAUAUCUUUUAAAGCAGCAAAGACAGGUGACCACAGCCCCUUCUGCUACACCUUCACCCUCACCAUCAACUCCCUCUGCACCUUCCACUUCAUGCCUUUCCUCUGAUCAUCCAGUAAUGGAGGAGGAUGAGGAACUGGAGAAGAUGAUGCUGAGUCUGUCUCCACCCAAAUGUCCUACACAGCAGAGGUCACCCACAGCCACUGCGUGUCCAGUCUUCUCUGCAGCAGGAGGUUAUUUUCCACAUCAGUUUUGGAGGCUUAUCCUAUUACCCACAGUUUUUUCCUCCAUAACUGUUUUUAAUACAUUUGUUUAUUGUUUUGGCAGUGUUCUUGCCUGUUCUAAAAAUUGCGUUCUUUUGUUCUACUAACUAAUGUUAAAGGUUGAACAUACCGGUGAUGAGGGUGAGUGCACUUCAUGAAUUUUAUGCAUGCUAUUUAAUAUGUGUGUAGUAUCUCCUCAAAAUUGUGCUUUACCUGUUUUUUUUUUAAGAGUACACUUUCAAAUUAGGAUCAAUUGGUGAUAAUUUUAAGUGUUUAAAUAGUCAGUACAUCUCAAUCAUAUAAGUGAACAUUAUAAGAACUUGCUUCAAUGGAAUGUUUAAAUAAAUAUUCUAUUGAUACAAGUUCUAACUGACAGAAAAGACAGGUAAAGAUGUCUCCUACAUGUCAUUUACAUGAAUGUUUUGUUAAUUUUUAACUUGUUGGUCCAUGCAGUUCUGCCACAGCCACCAUCAAGACCACAUGCGGUCUGCCAUCCUCACACACCACCACCUCCUGUGCCUAGCACUUCCUCUCAGUGCAAAUCCCCUGCAUCACUGCCCCGAGUACCACCACCAGCUGUGCAGUCAGUACCCGCAGCACCUCUACCAGCUGCUCAGUCAGUACCUGCACCAGUG